UUGCGCUUUUUGUGGUGAGAUUUGUGAGUGUGGAGUUGAAUUUUGUGUUUUAUCCGCCAAAUUUUGGAUAUACACAUUGAAUUUAAUGGAAUGAUUGAAUGUUUCUAAGAGAGAGUGAAUUAUAAAUACCUAUAAAAAUGGCAGCACUAGGACAUCAAGCAGCUGCCGCUCUGUUAGAUUUUAAUCUUAAGUUGGACAUAAAUCUUCUGGAUAGUGUGGUUGUUAGUAUGUAUGCAGGUAAUGGAGAGACUCAACGGAUAGCACAGGAAGUUUUAACAACACUAAAGGAACAUCCAGAUGCUUGGACCCGGGUUGACACCAUUUUGGAAUUUUCUACAAAUCAACAGACAAAAUACUAUGCCCUGCAAAUUUUAGAACAAGUAAUAAAGACCAGAUGGAAGGUACUUCCUCGGAAUCAAUGUGAGGGCAUUAAAAAGUAUAUUGUAUCGUUAAUUAUUAAAACCAGUUCAAACUCUGAGACUUUGGAAGAAAAUAAAACAUAUUUAAACAAGUUAAAUAUGAUUUUGGUUCAAGUAUUAAAAAGAGAAUGGCCUAAAAAUUGGGAAAGUUUUAUACCUGACAUUGUUGGAGCCAGUAAAACAAAUGAAAGCUUAUGCCAAAACAACAUGAUCAUUCUUAAAUUACUAAGUGAGGAACUAUUUGAUUUUUCAUCUGGCCAAAUAACUCAGACCAAAGCAAAACACUUGAAGGAUACCAUGUGUAAUGAGUUCUCUGCCAUUUUUCACUUAUGUCAGUUUGUUUUAGAAAAUUCUCAGAAUCCUCCAUUGGUAAAUGCAACUUUAGAAACUUUACUAAGAUUUCUUAACUGGAUUCCACUUGGGUACAUUUUUGAAACUAAAUUGAUUAACACUCUAAUCUUUAAAUUUUUACCUGUACCAAUGUUUAGGAAUGUUACUUUAAAGUGUUUAACAGAAAUUGCUGGUGUCACGGUUAGUAAUUACGAUGAAAUGUUUGUACAAUUAUUCACCCAGACCAUGUCACAAUUGGAAACCAUGUUACCAUUACAAACUGACAUUAAAACUGCAUAUGCAUGUGGACAAGACCAGGAGCAGAAUUUUAUACAGAACCUAGCAUUGUUUUUGUGCACAUUCUUAAAAGAACAUGGUAAUUUGGCUGAAAAUUCUGUACAAAUUGAAAUGUUAAGAAAUGCUUUACGUUAUUUAGUUCUUAUAUCAGAGGUAGAGGAGGUAGAAAUUUUUAAGAUUUGUUUGGAAUAUUGGAAUGCUUUGGCAUCAGAAUUGUACAGAGAAGUACCUUACUCUGGUGCACAGCCCUUAUUUUUCACAGGCAGUCGAAGAGCCUUAUAUCAAGAGGUGCUGAAUAAAGUAAGAUACAUAAUGAUAUCUAGAAUGGCAAAACCUGAAGAAGUGCUUGUGGUGGAAAAUGACAAUGGAGAAGUUGUGAGAGAGUUUAUGAAGGAUACAGACUCCAUAAAUUUGUACAAAAAUAUGAGGGAGACUUUAGUUUACCUGACUCACUUGGACUAUGCAGAUACUGAACGUAUCAUGACCAACAAGUUGCAAAACCAGGUUAAUGGAACUGAGUGGUCCUGGAAAAAUUUAAACACUUUGUGCUGGGCAAUUGGUAGUAUAUCAGGUGCAAUGCAUGAAGAAGAUGAGAAACGGUUUUUAGUUACUGUUAUCAAGGACCUUUUAGGAUUGUGUGAACAAAAAAGAGGCAAGGAUAACAAAGCUAUAAUUGCCUCUAAUAUUAUGUAUGUAGUUGGUCAGUAUCCAAGGUUUUUAAGAGCUCAUUGGAAAUUUUUAAAAACUGUUGUUAAUAAACUUUUUGAAUUUAUGCAUGAAACACAUGAUGGUGUACAAGAUAUGGCCUGUGACACAUUUAUUAAAAUUGCAUUGAAAUGUAGAAGGCAUUUUAUAACAACUCAAAUUGGAGAGUCCUGUCCUUUUAUUGAAGAUAUUUUGGCUUCAAUUUCAACAAUUAUUUGCGAUUUGCAACAGCAACAAGUCCACACUUUUUAUGAGGCAGUUGGUUACAUGAUUUCAGCGCAAAUGGACAGUGCCACACAAGAGGCACUUAUAGAAAAAUACAUGAUGCUACCCAAUCAGGUUUGGGAUGAAAAAAUAAGUCAGGCCAGCAAAAAUGUAGAUGUCCUUAAAGAAAUAAAUAUUGUUAAACAAUUAGCCAGUAUACUAAAAACUAAUGUUAGGGCAUGUAAAGCACUGAAUCAUGCCUAUGUCAUACAACUAGGCAGGAUAUAUUUAGACAUGCUUAAUGUGUACAAGGUUAUGUCGGAAAAUAUUACGGCAGCGGUAGCCUUGAACGGCGAACAAGUUACAAAACAGCCCCUCAUAAAGGCUAUGAGAGUCGUUAAAAAGGAGACUUUAAAACUUAUAUCUGAUUGGAUUUCGCGUAGCAACGAUCACGUAAUGGUAUUGGAGAACUUCAUUCCGCCAUUUUUGGACGCCGUUCUUUUGGACUAUCAAAGGACGGCAGUGCCAUCGGCUAGAGAGCCUGAAGUUCUUAGCGCUAUAGCCACCAUUGUCAACAAGCUUGAAAGUCACAUUACUUCGGAGGUGCCUAAAAUAUUUGAUGCCGUGUUCGAGUGCACGCUCGCCAUGAUUAAUAAGGAUUUUGAAGAGUAUCCUGAGCACAGGACAAAUUUCUUCUUGCUGUUGCAGGCAGUGAACAAUUACUGCUUUCCCGCUUUUCUCAGCAUACCGCCUGCGCAGUUUAAACUUGUCUUGGACAGCAUCAUCUGGGCGUUCAAGCACACGAUGCGUAACGUUGCCGAUACCGGUUUGCAAAUACUGCUUAAACUGUUACAGAACGUCGAGCAACACGAGCAGGCGGCUCCCAGUUUCUACCAAACCUACUUGACUGAUAUUUUGCAACAUGUUUUCUCAGUGGUAACUGACACUUCGCACACUGCAGGCCUCUCUAUGCACGCGUCAAUUUUGGCAUACAUUUUCUCAUUGGUGGAAGCAGGAAGAGUGAACUGUCAGUUGGGCUCCACACCUGACAAUGUGUUGUACGUGCAAGAAUUCACGGCAACUUUGCUUAGAUCGGCGUUCCCUCAUCUAACUGAUAACCAAAUUAAGAUUAUGGUACAAGGGAUGUUUAAUUUAGACCAGGAUAUCCCUGCAUUUAAGGAACAUUUGAGGGACUUUUUGGUGCAAAUUAGGGAAUAUACUGGCGAAGACGAUUCCGAUCUGUUUCUGGAAGAACGUGAAAAGGCGUUGCAGGGCGCACAGGCUGAAAAACGGCGAGUUCAACUCACCGUACCUGGAAUCUUAAACCCACAUGAAGUGGCAGAAGAAAUGCAAGAUUAGCACUAUUGUUUUUAAAUCAACCAAUUGUAAUUAACCGUAAAAAAUUACUUUAUAACGAUAUUUUUCUAUUUAUCUCGACCCUGUUUAAUAGAACUUAUCGCCUCAUUACUUUUUUGUGAAUGUGUUUUGUGCGCCUUCAUUACAUUAGCUGAGAUGCUUUUAAUUUUUUUACGAAUAUAUUUUUUUAUAAGUAAUUCAGUUUCUUAUUGAAAUUUUGUAUAGAUACCAUGUUAAUUAAAGAAACCAAUAAAAGUAUCAGUUUUGGC